AUGGCCGGUCGUAGGGGAGUGGGGCGGCCUCGUCUUAGACCACACAUAAAGACGGAUCCGAUUACACUUGGUCUCGGGGGCCAAGCCCGGCUACCAGAAGUCUUCUCAAUCGGCACACCUGAUCUCUCCCCCGACAGUACAACUAGAAGCCCGAGACCUCUAUCGGCUGACCAACCGAGGCGAGGAGGACAACAGAACAAGGUCAUUUUAGGCUUCAAGGAGGAGGUGAAAAUACCCAAGAGGAAGAAGGUUCAGGAGCCCACCCCACCACCAGUGGAGACAGUCCUGGACCAAACGCCUGUGGACAAAGAUGCUUCCGUGGACUCACUUGCUAAGGUCAUCGUCUCUGAGAUUAUAACGGUCGUUGAGGAGAGAGUUGCAGCUCUCGACUGUUAA